AUGGAGAAAAUAGAUCAAGGCACAAAGGAUGAGUUCCAGGAGUUGCUCCAAUCACUCGAGCAACGAACAAACUGGGAUGGCCGUCGGAUCGUUAAAUACGACGAUUUUUGGUACCCAAUAAUGUUUUUCCGACCCGUGUUAUCCGCUCAAAAGAACUUCCAAGCAAAAGAUUCCGACAUAAUACUGUCGACGCUUCCUAAUUCAGGUUCCACCUGGCUGAAAGCCCUAACUUUCUCCAUAGCCAAUCGUGGGGUCCACACAAUCGAUCAAACCCCUUUACUCACUUCCCACCCUCAGGCGCUUGUCCCUUUCCUCGAGUUCGAUCUCUUUUGGGACGAAGAAAACCCUAAUCUCGACCACCUCUCCACUACUACUAAUAAAAGCCCGAGAAUCUUCUCUACCCACAUUCCGUUCAAAACCCUAUCGGAUUCCAUCCGUGAAUCCAAAUGCAAGAUUAUCUAUCUCGGCAGAAACCCUCUGGACCAGUUCAUCUCGUUCCGCCAGUUCCUGCUCGCAAACUUCGGGAAGGAAGCCUAG